AUGGAUCCCUGUAACGUUUUCUUCCUCUUUAUCCUUGUUAGCUUCCUCAGUUUUGCAACUACUCAGGCAGAGUCCGACUCUAAUGUCUAUCUAUACCAUAAUUGCUCCGGGGGAAACACUACAAAUGGCAGCACCUUCCAAUCAAAUCUCAAGACCCUCCUCUCCUCCUUAUCAGAUAACGCCCCCGGCAACAACGGAUUCUACAACAACACAGUCCCUGGACAAAACCCCUCAGACUCGGUCUUUGGACUUUUCAUGUGCAGGGCCGACGUCUCUUCUCAGAUUUGUCAACAAUGUGUCCAAGGGGCAACCCAGCUACUAUCGUCAGAGUGCUCCUUGGCCCAGCAAGCGGUCAUUUGGUACGAUGAGUGCACUGUUCGUUACUCCAACCGCUCGUUCUUCUCCACUUUCUCCACCAGACCCAGAGUUGGCCUGUUGAACACUGCUAAUAUCUCAAACCAAGAAAGCUUCAUGACUUUAUUGUUUCAGACCAUGAACAAAACUGCAGAUACUGCUGCUGCUGCUGUUGGUAACAAGUUUGCAAAAGGGCAAGCAAAUAUUUCUGGUUUUCAGAGCCUUUAUUGUCUGGCCCAGUGCACUCCGGACCUGUCACCUAAUGAUUGUAGAACCUAUUCAGAGUUUUCAGAAGAUCCAAAUUAUCUAAACCACAAUUGCUCAACUAAUGGAACUGGUGACAGCGUUUUCAAAACACAUCUCAGCACCCUCCUCUCUUACAUGUCUUCUAAUGCCACCAAUCACAUGGAUUAUAUGGAUGGUGUUGAGGACAAUGUGUAUGGCCUCUUCAUGUGCCGAGGUGACCUUCCCUCUCGGCUCUGUCAACAGUGCGUUCUCAACGCAACCCACCGAAUAUCCUCAGAGUGCAAUUCCUUUCAAGAGGCUAUAAUUUGGUACAACCACUGUAUGCUUCGCUAUUCCUAUCGUCAUUUCUUCUCCCAAGUGGAAAAAAGUCCAACUAUUCAAAUCCUGAAUCUUAUCAUGAACAAUUCCCACAGCGAUGUUCGCGAGCAAGACUCCUUCACUUAUACAUUAACAAAAACGUUAUCUGAUCUUACUGAGUUGGCACAACAUAAUAAUUCCAGAUAUGUGACUAAAUCUUCAAAAGUGAGUGAUAUCGAUUCACAAGUCGUUUAUACUCUUGCUCAAUGCACGCAGGAUUUGUCUAGAAAUGAUUGCUUCGUUUGUCUUGAAGAUAUGACUAAAAAUAUGCCAUGGUCUCGCCUGGGAAGCACACGACAGGGAAGAAUUCUAUAUCCGAGUUGCAAUCUCAGAUAUGAUUCUUUCCAAUUUUACAUACAUGAUUAUCAAUGGCCACGUUCGGGUAAUUCUUCUCCACCAGACUUUGAAGGGAAAAGGAAUGCAAGUUCUUAUGAUCAAGCACGUGGUGUUGCUGACGGCCUCUUGAAUUAUGUUUGGAGACAAUGGAGGGAUCAAACAAUGUGCAUUUUAGAUCCAAGUAUUAAAGAAAAUUAUUUUGAAGAAGAAGUUCUUAAAUGCACCCAAAUUGGUUUAUUAUGUGUUCAACAAAAUCCUGAUGCGAGACCAACAAUGGUAGAAGUUGUUUCGUAUCUAAGCAAUCACUUAAUUGAAUUGCCAAAUCCAGAGGAACCUGCAUUUCUCUUGCAUGGUGGAAAGGAUUCAAAAUCAUUUGCUCAAGAAUCAAGUUCUAGAUCCUCUGGUUGCACUCCCUUCUCUAUUAAUGAAAUGCCGACAAGUCAAUUUCUUCCUCGAUAA